AUGGCGAUGGAAGCGAGGAGGACAGGUGGAGCGGAGUCAGGACAGGACAGGACCGAGUCCUCCAAGAAGUGGAUUGGUGGGCAGAGCGGCGACGAGGACGACGGCAACGAAUCGGGCCGCCCGACCCAGAUGAAAAAGACACGGAAAUUGGGAGGCGGCGAACGCGAACGCUCUCAUUUCUCUGAGUGGGGAGACGGGAGAGUGGACGCCACAGGAAUUCGGAAUGCGGGGGCCAGGAGGAGUACUGCGCCCCCACGAAUGAUUGCGACGCGGAGGAGGAGACUGAAGGAAGUGGGGAGGGAAGACGAGGAGGGGUUUGGGGAUUGA